AUGGCGAUGGAGAUGGAGAUGGAAAUGGAAGCUGCUUCAUCUCCCCCAAUCUCUCGAUCAAAAUCCAGAAAGCGCGGCGGAUGGAGGGCGAUCAAGUACAUUCUCGGGAACGAAUCGUUCGAGAAACUGGCGUCGAUGAGUCUUACGGCCAACAUAACUGUUUAUCUUCGCAACAAGUACAAUUUGAGCGGCAUAUUUUUGGUGAAUGUGGUGAAUAUAUGGAACGGUUCCUGCAAUUUGUUGUCGACAGUUGGGGCUAUUGUUUCCGAUGCCUAUUUAGGGCGGUUUCUCACUCUCCUCUGCGGUACCAUUCUCUCUCUGCUGGGCAUAGGAGCUUUAACCAUAACUGCUGCUGUACCUCAACUAAGGCCUCCUCCAUGCCCAACAGAGAGACUCUGCAUCCAGCCCCAUAAAGGGCAGCUAGCAUUGCUCUUCAUCAGCCUUAUACUCGUCGCAUUGGGCGCCGGUGGCAUCCGGCCGUGCAACAUUGCCUUUGGCGCCGAUCAGUUCGACACCAGCACCAACAAGGGUCGAAUCCAACUCCAGAGCUUUUUCAACUGGUGGUACUUCUCCUUCACCAUUGCCCUCAUCAUAGCCCUGACUGGAGUUGUCUAUGUUCAGACCAACAUCAGCUGGAGCAUCGGCUUCGCCAUUCCCACAGCUUGCUUCGCCUUAUCCACCGCAGUCUUCUGGUUCGGCCGUCACACUUAUCUCUACAAGAGCCCUGAAGGCAGCGUGUUCGUAGAUAUGGCGAAAGUCGUCGUGGCUGCAUUCAGGAGGCGAAAGGCAGACUUGAAGUUAGUCCACGAGCCGACUUUAUAUAACCCUUCAGGCGACAUCGCAUGGGAGGCGCGGAAACUCGUCAGAACCGAUAAGUUCGGGUUCUUCGACCGGGCAGCUGUGGUAACCGAUCCAAGUGAAAUCGAUGCGCAAGGCUUAGCCGUUGACAACUGGAAGCUCUGUAGCGUCCAGCAGGUCGAGAACCUGAAGUGCGUCUUAGGCGUCGCGCCUGUCUGGCUCUCCGGCAUCUUCUGCUUCGUCGUGAUGGAUCAGCAGAGCACUUACGGCAUUCUGCAGGCGAUCCAAACGGACAGAUCGAUCGGGCGACAUUUCACAAUCCCGCCGGGCUGGAUUGGGAUCACAUCGAUGGUCACCCUCACGAUAUGGAUUCUCAUCUACGAGCAGCUCUACAUCCGUAUCGUCAAGAAAGUCGUGAAAAGGGACUCGAGGCUCACAAUGCAGCAGAGGAUCAGCGUCGGGAUAAUUAUGUCGAUCCUCUGUAUGUUUGUCGCCGGGACAGUUGAGAAACAUCGCCGAGCCUCUGCGGUAAAGAACGGUACAUUCUCCUCGCCUCUGCACGUAACGUUCCUCUUUCCUCAGUUCGCCCUAUCCGGCCUAACCGAAGCCUUCGCCGCAGUCGCAUUGUUAGAAUUUUAUACUUUGAAGCUUCCACAGAGCUUGAGAAGCGUCGCCGGCGCGAUCUUCUUCGUCAGCCUGUCGAUCGGAAGCUACCUAAGCUCUUUGAUCGUGAAUGUUGUACACUCUGCAACAGGAGGGAAGAACAGAACGCCAUGGCUUGGAGGGCCAGAUCUUAACAUGAAUCGACUCGAUAAUUAUUAUUACAUUCUGGGAGGACUUGGAUUGAUUAACUUCGUCUACUUCAUCUUCUUUGCAAGAAAGUAUUUGCCCUCUGGGGAAGAUGAGAAUGUCGAAAGAAAUGGUGCAGAUCCUAACAGAACCUCCAUUGUUGCCUGA